GUCAUAAGUAAAUGAACAACCAAUAAUAAUAAAAAGAUCAAUGAAUAUGUGGAGAAUUUUAGGCAUUAGUGCACUUAUUAUAUAUAGCACGGUCCGUAGUAGUUUGGUUAAUGGUUCACCAAAAGUGGGAUGUUACUUCAUAUUUGGUGAUUCUUCCUCAGACGCUGGGAAUAAUAAUGGGCUUACAACAAUGGCUAAAGCAAAUUAUCCACCUUAUGGUCUUGAUUUUCCUGGACAUAUUUCCACCGGAAGGUUCACCAAUGGUCUUACCAUUGUAGAUUUUAUCGCUCAACUCUUGGGAUUUCAAAGAUUUAUAACGCCAUAUAGCAAUCAAAUGGGACAAGAAAUAUUGACAGGCGUCAACUUUGCUUCUGGUGCUGCUGGAAUUCUCCCACAAACUUCAUCACACUUGGGUGAUCGAAUUUGGAUGAGUCGACAAUUACAAAAUUACAUGAUCACAAUUUCAAAGCUAGAGGCAAUGGUCCAGGGUCCAGUUGCUAAUUACCUAAACAAGUGCUUGUACACAGUAAAUAUGGGUACUAAUGACUAUAUUAACAACUAUUUCAUGCCUCAAUAUUAUCCCACAAGAUAUCUCUACAACCCUGACCAAUUCUCUACUCUACUUAUUGCUCGUUAUAGGGCACAAUUGCAGUUACUAUAUAAUUCAGGAGCAAGAAAAGUAGCAAUAUUUGGAGUUGGUCAAUUAGGUUGCAUUCCAGCUGAAAUUGCAAUGAAUAAUGCUACACAAUGUGUCCAACAAAUUAACCAAGCCGUACAGCUUUUCAAUUCAAAGCUAAUAUCCCUCGUAGAUUAUUUCAAUGCACGACUUCCUGGAGCCAAUUUUACAUUUAUCAAUUUCUAUGCCAUGCAAUCUUUGGCUCCUCUACCUCCUGGUAUUAUCACAAAUUCAACAUGUUGCAAACUAAGAAGUGAUUUUCAAUGUGAGGCAUUUAGUGAAGCAUGCAGCAACAGAAAUACAUAUGCAUUCAUGGACGGAUUUCAUCCAACUGAAAUUGUGAAUCAAAUUGGAGCAACAUUUGCAUUCAACUCUCCCAUUCCAGCGUUUGUUCAUCCUAUCGAUAUUUCUCGAUUAAUAACAAACACUUAGCAAUAUUAAUCAGGAGUCCUACACGUCUAAUUGUAAAGGCCACCUUAGGACCUCUUUGGUUUACAAAUUACAAUACUUGUAUUAAAAUGUGAGACAAUAGCCUACAUCGAUAAAAUAUGAGUUGUGAACUUGCAUAUGUAUUAGAUAAGAUAAUCCUCCUACUACCAUAUGGUUUUGGAAAACAAUGAACCUCACCAAAUAUAUGUGCAAGUUAACGCUCUUGACCCGUAGGUUUGUGGGCCCGAUCUCACGGGUGUCCCAUAUCCACACGAGUGGGCCACGGUAAGAUUAUGUGAUGAAUUGUCACAGUCUAAUACAUAUGUGGUACACCUAAAUAAAAUCCCAAAGUCUCUCCGUUUCAUAAUAUUUGCUAUAUUUUCCAAUGUCAUCUAUUCGUAAAAUACCUUACAAAUCAUCAUAUUUAUCUUUGUUUUAUUCAUACAAUAUGUCUCAUUUACUUAUACCUUUGUCAUUAU